GGUCGAUGUUUUCCAAAGCCGAAGUUGCCACUGUUAACAGCCUCACCUUCUUUCUAUUUUUCACGCACUAAGCCAAUUUUUGGCUAAGCCCAGUUUUUGCGUAGUUGCGAAGUUCGCAGUUGCCCCUUGAAGUGAGAGUGACUAUGAUCUAGUUCGUAACGCCGAGGAUACCUUCAGAGUUUUGAGACGAUCUUCAGCGAAAAGUGUGAGGUGUGAGGAUGGGAUUUCGGACAUCGCUGCGGUUAUUCCUGCUCAUCGCAUUGUGCUGUGCUCCGGAUCGGUCUGAAGCCGCGACAGCACAGAAAGAUGAGAGUCAACCUCGGAGUCCCGAAGCCGUGGAGCCGGUAGUCUUCAAGAUCAAAUUAGAUAACGGAACGAGCGUGGAGAUUAUCGCAGGCCCGAAGGAUUCAGAAUUCGUCGAGUGUCUCGCCGAUCUCACCGAAGAUGCGAAGAGCAACAUCGUUCGCGCCAAGGACCUAAAUUCGUGCGCGAAGGAUGCAUUGAAAACAUUCCAAAAGCAAGUGAAGCGACAUCUCCGAAUACAUUCCCUCGCCGAACUCCCAUACGUGGCCGGCAACUUAUCUCGCGUGGAGCACAUGAGCACCCGGAUCGUGAAGCACAUCGAUAAUGUACAGAAACAGAUGAAGCGGAUGCGAAUGGAGCAAGUCGAAGGCACUCUUUUCCAGCAGACGCUGAACAAUGCCCAAGACGCUUUUAGGGGCGUCGGCGAGAUGGCUAGUCUUCGAAGUGCAAACCUCGUGAGCAACAUUCAGCAUUUCGUCAAAGACUUCAACCGCUCGAUGACGAACUUCGAAGAGCUGGUCGAAGCGAAAGACGGCGAUAAAUCGAAUUUGCCCGACAUGGAAGUGAUUACUCGCCGCUUACAAAAAGAUAUCCACACGUUGCAUAAUCUGACGGACGCCUUGCCGACGCUGCAAGACAGCAGAAGGCUGACCGAUCAGACCGUUGCCAACUUCACCAUCAUGAUGAGGAACCUGACCAUCGGCCUGCCUGAAGUGGUUCGACGAAUGGGUCCCUUGCGGGAUCGACGAGGAGCGACUCAAAUCAGAGAUUUCAUGACGGUCGUCAAUGAAAACAUGAGGAAUGUGUCUCAAAGUAUCGGCCAACAGCCACAGCAGCGCAACGGACGGAGCGACAUGUUCACUGCCUUCGAUGGAUUCCAGUCGGCCAUGGGUCACAUGGGAGCCGCUUUCCACGACCUUCUCCGGGGGACUCUAGCCAUCAUGAACCCGGCAGCGUGGCAACCUCUAGCGCCGAUCCUACCCCUAGCGCCCAGACCUCUCCUGGAACGCCCUCCUCUGAAUCCUCGGCCUUUCCUCGGGAGUCCUCUCAUCGACCGGAGAGCCUCUCAAGAUGGUCGACCCUUGCAACUUCUGCGCCCGCUCCGGCCGCCUGUCGGUCUUCUGGCUCUGCAGCGCGUGAUGGAGUUGGGAAUGAAUAGAAGACAGCAGAUUUUUGACAGAUAUGCGACGUUGCCGCUGAACCCUCGAUCGAUAGAUCCUUCCGACUCAAGAGAAACAAAACCGAAAAGAAGAGAAAAGAAAGAAUCGUAA